AUGUUAACAGAGAUCCAUCAGCACCCCAAUGGCAUACUAGGGGUUCCACAGCACUGCCAGGAGAAAGACUCCUCGCCUAACGGACUGUGCCAUGAGAACGGAGCGGAUUCGCUUCAUGAGCAGUUUCAGGCAAUCAGGGACAGCACAGCCGGGCCUGGAGGAUGUGGGUCUUUAUCGCUGCAUAGCCACCAACAAGCUGGCUCAGAUUCAGAGAGCUCCCUGCUACAGCUUGCUGAGUACCCCAAGAUCACUCUAUCCUGGAGGAACGUGUCUGACCUGGGCAGUGCUGCCCUGACUGCCGUGGUGGGAGGCUGGAUCCGGCUGCGUCUGGGUGCCAAUCUCACGCAGGACUGCCCAGUCACAGGUGUUCCUCAGUCAACAGUCAGCUGGCACAAGAAGGAGGGUGCGUUGAGUGGCAACACCCGGCUCCUUCCGAACGGCUCUCUGCUUCUCCACAACAUCACACUGCAGGACUAUUGGAUGUAUACGUGUGUUGCUGCCAACCCCUUUGGAAAAUCGUCCGCCUCCAGCCACCUCCACCGACGACCCGGGCGUUAUCGGAGCACCCCGCAGUCGUGUCUAAGGAGGCAGGCCGCAAACGAGUCCUUAUGGCCUCUCGGAUCGGCACUCAGGCCAUGGUCAGACCUGGAGAUAUCCUACGCAUCGGGUGUCCGGUGGUCCCCAAUCACAGAGGGCCCAUUAGAUGGUACUUCCAGAACCAGACUCUGGCAGAGGUCCAGGGCCUGCGGCACCGAAUGCUGGGGUGGGGGACGUGUGCUGGAGGUAAACACGCUACACGGGAGGUUCAACGGACGUUACAGCUGCCAGACCCAGACUGCCAGCCAGCUCCUCUCAGCAUGGGUCCACAUUGGCCUAGAAGAGUUUGGCUGGCAGCUGGGCAACUGGAGUGUGUGCAGUGCGUCCUGUGGGAACCGAGGGACUCAGACAAGGAAACUCCGCUGCGUGAAUCCAGACGGGAGUGAGGUACCCCCCUCUACCUGCCACCAUCUCCCCAGGCCGAUGACCUCUCCCCAGGCCUGCAAUACCUACGACUGCCCUGCCAGCUGGGUAUCCACGCCAUGGUCCAAAUGCUCCUCUUCCUGUGGGCGUGGCUUCAGGCAGAGGCAGGUGUCAUGUCAGCAGGUGGAUGCUGCAGGUACGGUGCGGACCUUAUCCCCAUCCGCCUGUUCGGACACACCCCAACCCACAGAUCGAGAGGACUGCACCACACACACCUGUACCACGUGGCUGACCAGCGCUUGGGGACAGUGCACAGGUCGAUGCCUUGGCCCAGGUCUGGCCAGCCAGAGCAGAACAGUGAUGUGCAAGCACCUGAACAGUUCCAUCAUCCCAGGGGCAUCAUGUGACCCCAAAGAUAGGACUUCCUCCGGAUGGUGGCAGAUUGACAACCUCACAUCAGUGAACAUGAAUCUCAUAACUGAUUGGAAAAAUAAAUAAAGUU